AUGGAAGACGAUUUCCAUUCCCCAACUUCCUUUCCCGGUAUCCACGACCUCAACGGCAAGCGCAUCUCCACCUCCGAUCAUCUCCGUCAUGUUGACUCCAUGUCCAUCUUGCCCUCUGGUGCCGGCCGCAUUUCCAAGCUCAACGCCCUCAUCCUUGGCGAUUCCCUUGCUUCCGAGGAGGAUGAUCUCAUUUUCCCCAGUCCCUCCUUCUCCUCCCAGGCUCUCGUUCCUUCCCCCCAAAAGUAUAUGGAGAUGUACAGCAGGUCAAUUAAAGACCCUGCCGGAUUCUGGUCAGAUAUAGCCUCAGAUUUCUACUGGAAAACUAGGUGGGGCCCUCAGGUAUACUCGGAGAAUUUGGACAUCCGAAAAGGGAAUAUCAAGAUCGAGUGGUUCAAAGGUGGUAUCACCAACAUAUGUUAUAACUGUUUAGAUAGACACGUCGAAUCUGGAAAUGGAGAUAAAGUUGCCUUUUUUUGGGAAGGAAAUGAACCUGGUUUUGACGCUAUGUUGACUUACAGUCAACUGCUUUCCAGAGUCUGCCAGCUUGCCAACUACUUGAAAGACGUUGGCAUCUGCAAAGGAGAUGCAGUGAUCAUUUAUUUGCCCAUGCUAAUGGAGCUGCCAAUUGCCAUGCUGGCUUGCAGUCGUAUUGGUGCUGUUCAUUCGGUUGUUUUUGCUGGAUUUUCUGCUGAAUCCCUGGCCCAGAGAAUUAUGGAUUGCAAACCCAAGGUCGUAAUAACCUGUAAUGCUGUUCAGAGAGGAUCCAAAAUUAUUUAUCUUAAAGAUAUUGUUGAUGCAGCCCUUACAGAAUCUGCAGAAAAUGGCGUUGCUGUGGAUGUAUGCUUGACCUAUGCAAAUGAAUUGGCUAUGAAGAAAGAAUCUACAAAGUGGAAAGAGGGAAGAGAUAUUUGGUGGCAGGAUGUUGUUCCAAACCAUCCCUCUGCAUGUGACAUUGAAUGGGUUGAUGCGGAAGAUCCACUUUUCUUACUCUACACUAGUGGGAGCACUGGAAAGCCUAAGGGAGUCCUUCAUACUACUGGAGGAUACAUGGUGUACACUGCGACAACUUUCAAAUACGCAUUUGACUACAAGCCAUCGGAUGUAUACUGGUGUACAGCAGAUUGUGGAUGGAUUACUGGUCACAGCUAUGUUACUUAUGGACCCCUGCUUAAUGGAGCAACUGUUGUAGUUUUUGAAGGGGCGCCUAAUUAUCCAAAUGCUGGACGAUGCUGGGAAAUUGUAGACAAAUUCAAGGUCUCAAUAUUCUAUACUGCCCCCACAUUGGUGCGGUCUCUCAUGCGUGAAGGGGAUCAGCAUGUCAAGCGUUAUUCACGCAAAUCCUUGCGAGUGCUUGGAAGUGUGGGCGAACCAAUCAAUCCAAGUGCAUGGAGAUGGUUCUUCAAUGUGGUUGGAGAUUCAAGGUGCCCUAUUUCUGAUACUUGGUGGCAAACGGAGACUGGGGGUUUCCUGAUUACUCCCUUACCUGGUGCGUGGCCUCAGAAACCCGGAUCUGCAACAUUCCCUUUUUUCGGAGUUCAGCCUGUCAUAGUCGAUGAGAAGGGUGUUGAAAUUGAGGGUGAGUGCAGUGGAUAUUUGUGUGUGAAAGCUUCAUGGCCUGGUGCAUUUCGAACUCUUUACGGGGACCAUGAAAGAUAUGAAACUACAUACUUCAGUGCAUUUCCUGGCUAUUAUUUUAGUGGUGAUGGCUGCAGCAGGGACAAGGAUGGUUACCACUGGCUCACUGGAAGAGUUGAUGAUGUUAUUAAUGUUAGUGGGCAUCGUAUUGGAACGGCAGAGGUUGAAUCAGCUCUAGUUUCACACCCGCAGUGUGCCGAAGCUGCUGUGGUUGGUGUUGAACACGAGGUCAAAGGACAAGGUAUAUAUGCAUUUGUUAGUCUAGUGGAAGGUGUUCCAUACAGUGAAGAGCUCCGCAAAAGCCUCAUAACGACGGUGAGAAACCAGAUUGGAGCAUUUGCAGCACCAGACAAAAUUCAUUGGGCACCUGGUCUUCCAAAGACGAGAAGUGGCAAGAUCAUGAGAAGAAUUUUGAGAAAAAUUGCUUCAAGGCAAUUGAAUGAACUCGGGGACACAAGCACGCUUGCGGAUCCUAGCGUCGUUGAUCAACUUAUAGCUCUAUCAGAUGCCUAA